AUGUCGGAACUCAAAACAAUUAAAACUGACGAAGAAAUAUCUCCAGUAAAAAUAAAAAAAAAUAAAGGAUGUUUAAAACAUUCAUUAUAUGAAUGGCUUACUCUACUCUCAUCACUUUUUGUUCCACUUGUUGUUGGAAUUUUAACAGUUGUUCUUCCAUUACAACAACAAAAUAUUAGUGAUCAUCAAAAUGAAAAUUCGAAAGCAAUUGCUUUAAAUAAUCGUUUACAAGAUCUAAAAUUAUUACAAGAUCAACAAAAACAAGUUAUAUUAAAUACAUUUGAACAUGAUUUAUGUAAUCUUCUUCUUAAAUAUAAGACAGUUAAAAUUUACAAUGAUACUUCUUCUUCUUCGUCUCCUCGAGAUGAUGAUGAUGAUGAUGAUAAUGAAAUUAAAGAAGAUGAUAAUGAUGAUGAACGUAUAUCAUUUAUUAUUCGUACAAAAACAUUACAUGCAUUAAGACAACUUGAUCCAGCACGAAAGAUUUUACUUAUACAAUUAUUAAUUGAUAGUGGUAUUCAAAAACGUAUUAGUAUAUCUCGUGCAGAUUUAUCAUCAUUAAUAUUUCCUCCAGGCUCAUUUUAUAAUCAAUUUCGAUUUGUAAAUGUUGUUGCUCGAGAUAUAAAAUUAAAAAAUGUUUAUUUAUAUCAAAGCAAUUUUUCAUAUUCAAUUUUAGAUGAUUCAUCAUUUUAUGAGUCAAAUUGUUCAUAUGCAGAUUUUAGUCAUGCAUCAUUACAACGAACUGACUGGACAAAUACUGAUGUUACUCAAGCAAUAUUUAAUUUUUCGAAUUUAUUAGGAGCUAAAAUUACAUCUCAACAAUUAGCUACAGUACAUAGUUUACAAGGAGCAAUAUUACCUAAUGGUUCAACUGCUAUUAUAUGA